UUGCCUUCAUUGCUCCAUAUGUAAAAUGACAGGGGUUAAUACUAAUCUAACGUCAGCGUGGAUUCGGGGCUCGUAUAGCAGAGAACGGGCAGCCAAAAUUGCGUGGAACAGUCACGCGGGCUCAGACCGAUAAGCACUGCGGGGAAGAGACGCUGACAGGCACCCCUGCACGAACGAUGCCCUUGUCGUCAGCAGAACGUUGCAGUUCACGAUAAUCAUCGAGCCUGGUCCCCUUUUCACACAUAUAGUUCGCCUUUGCCCCUCUCUCGUCUCCAGUGAAACCUAAGCUUCAACCGGCAGUCCACAGUCACCAGCCAUGGCGUUCGACCCCUUCCACUCGGCCCGUCUCACCUACCGCGCGAUGGAGGACGCGGACGACGACAACACGUUCCUGCACUCGGUACAGCUCGACAUCGAGGCCCUGUCGGUCAACACGCGCAACCUGCUCGCUCCACAGAACAAGGUCCAGAGCAAGAAGCUCGGCGAGUUCCUGCGGGACGGCUGUCUCCUGGGAGUCAUCAUCUGCCUCAACCCAGGAACAGACUUGAACACCACGGCCGAGGCAGUCCCGAUAGGGUUCAUUUGCCUGAAGCUAUCCGAAGGGAAAUCCUCACACAGCCGAGCAAGCUCGAUCGGCCUGAGCAUAGUCCGCCAGUACCAGAACCGCGGCUACGGCUCCGAGGCGAUCAGGUGGAUCCUGGGGUACGGCUUCGAGAUGGCGGGCCUGCACCGCGUCGGGAUCGAGGCGUUCGGGUUCAACGCGCGGGCGCUGCACCUCUAUGAGAAGCUCGGCUUCGUGGUCGAGGGCCGCCGGCGCGAGGAGGUCUGGUUCCGCGGGAAAUGGCACGACUUCGUCGAGUUUGGGAUGCUCGAGAGCGAGUGGCGCAAGAGGCAGGAGGAGGAGGGCAAAUCGUGGAUCGACGAUACGGCGGCUUGAUGAUGAGGUCCAGUUGGAGCCAGAUGAGGCUGGUGGUCAUCCGAGGACGCUGGCUCUGUGUGUGUAGAGGGCAUCGCGGCUUGGUAGAUUGAUUCUAGAUCGUUAGCGAACCAUACCUUUUCGAGCGUUCUAGAUGGGAAUAUCACUCAGUGUACCUGCGAUGCCUUUAUUUCCGCUCUCGGUCUGCCCUUCUGCUUGGCCCGAUGCGUUGGCCAGACGGUCGGAGGAAAGUGG